CCGUACAGUUAAGGUGGUAAUCUUUCAAUAAACAUUUAAAAUAUCGUACGCCGUGUGCCUCUGUUUUUAAUACGCUGUAUUAUUAAGAACAUAAUACUACCAGGGACACGUUGAAUAGCCCGGAAUUGUUUGGAUAUAAGAAACUCUCUCACGAAUGGAAAAUAACAAAUAAUGACAUUUGACUAUGGAUGAAUUAAACGAAGAUCAGGUUACUGAACUCGAAGCUGCAUUCAGCAUCUUCGACACCGAUAAUGAUGGCUGUAUCACCACUGACGAGCUAGCCACGGUGAUGAGGAAAAUGGGAGGAUCAACCACAGAGGAAGAACUACAGGAGAUGAUCCAGGAGGCCGACGCCGACGGUAGUGGUGAUAUCGAUUUAGAAGAAUUCCUUGCACUGAUGGCUAAGAAAAUGAAGGACACUGACUCGGAGGAGGAUCUAAAGCAGGCGUAUAAGGUGUUCGACAAAGAUAAUAACGGUUACAUCAGUCAAUCAGAACUCCGUACAGUGAUGACAAACCUCGGCGAGAAGAUGGACGAUGACGAGGUCGAUGAAAUGAUCAAGGAGGCUGACCUUGAUGGCGAUGGACGAAUUAACUACUCAGAAUUUGUGGCGAUGAUGACAAGAUCAUGACGAGCUAUCACCGGAAAUGUCAUAUUGAUGUUCAACUUUUACGGAUUAGAACUGCCUUACAUAUAAUGGACACCGAAGUUGGGAGAGAGACGAGGAUAUUCCUAGUUAACUUAUUCGUUCAUGUUGAAUUUCGGUAAUAUUUUGGAUCAGCUAUACAAAUACACUGACUGAAAACUUCCAGACACACAAGGGAAUAUCUGAGAAUUUUACGCCAGGCGUGUUGAUACCUUAAAGAUAAACGAUAACUCUACUACGCAUAUAAAUUGAUUUCCUGUAAAAUAAAAUCAUUCAUAUUUAUUGACAU